AUUCAGAGAAGAGAGGACGUUUUUAUUUUUUGCACAUUUUUAAACAAUGGAGGCUAUGGAGUGGAGUAAACGGAACACUAUUUUGCUGAUUGAAUAUUUCAAGGAAAAACGAGAAUUAUGGGAUUCAAAUUGCGAAGAUUACAAGGACCGCGUCAAAAAACAGGACGCGUGGAUAGAUUUGGCAAAAAAAUUUAAUACAGACAGAAAUAUUGUUGAGAGAAAAGUGCGAAAUUUGAUUGGACAAUUUAAAAGAGAAUUGAGAAAAUCAACACCAGGAAAAGAAGUGAACGAAAUCCAAUCAAAAUGGUUCGGGUUUCGAUUGCUGACGUUUUUGAAGGAUAGACAUAAAGAUUGUUCAAUGAAUAAAUCGGAUAUUCCGGAGAUAAUAUAUACAUCGGGUGGACCUGAAACAGAUGCUGAAGAGGAAUUUGAUGAUAAAAACGAAAAAACUCCAAAUGAAAAAACCAACGAGUCCUCUCUACGAAAACGACACUCGAAAAAUUCAGAUUUGCAAAAUCGCAAUAAAAAAAUGUUGAAUGAAUUCAACGUAUUAAAUCAUAUUUCGAGGGACAAACAGAGAAAAUUCCACCAAGACGAUGAGGAUGAAUGCAAAUUGUAUGCGAAGCUGCUCGCCAUAAAGCUACGCCAUUUUUCCCACAUUAAAAGGCAAAAAAUAAUGUUUGAGAUAGACAAUUUAUUGUUGACUCACAGUAUAAACAAACACUGUUCCUCUUCAAACUUCAACAAAUCGUAUGCAAUUCCUUCGCCUCAACAAAUAUUAAUUACUAAAUCGUCAAUAUCAGAAUGCGGUUCUUAUGAUUCUUCACCUUCUUCUCCAAUUUAAUAAAAAAGUUAUCUCUUAUCAUCAUCAACAAUUGUUAACUAUCCGUUGCUGAACAUAGGUUUCCCCUUGGGAGGGUUUUGCCAGUACUUGCCAAGCUUAGCAGACGUAUAUCUUUUAUAUAUUAUAACAAUAUGUUGCUUUUUAGACCAUUACAUAUCUAGAUGGAUCAUCCAAUAGUUUGCCAAAUAUUUGGCAAAUUAUUAAAUGAUGUGUCAUAUUUGAUAUAGUACGAAAGUCCAAAUAGAUAUAUUAAUAAAAAUAAAUAAAAUUACAAUUUGUGUUAAAAAAGUUACCAAUUAUAAGACUAAUACAAUUGUAUAUUUUCCAAAUAGUGCGCCAAUUAAGAAAAAAAGUUAAGCUGUUUUGUGAAAGAUUUUCUUCGCACUUUAUCUAAAUGUUAUUGAUCCUUUAUAGAAAAGUGCUUGACAUAUUAUAAAUAAUUCUGCUAUGAUAUAGUAUGCGUGCGAAAUAAUGUUAAUGUAGUUCUAGACACUUCUGAGAAGUAACAUUGGGAAAAUAUACAAAUAUUGUCUAUCCUUCACGACAAUUUAUUAUUUAUUAUUCAACACGCCCACAAAUUUCAUAUUCUUAAGUUUUAUUUAUAAAGGAUACGUUCCUUUUAACGCAUAGUUUCAAUAUCCAACCCCUGUGCAAACUGCUUCUUGUUAUUAAUACAAAUUUUAAACUCGUUCAUGUUUUUAUUUAAAAAGAUUUAAAUUUACUAUAAAAUAAAACAUUGUUUUAAAUAAUUUGUUCAUGUUAUUGUUUAAAUUACGUUACAUGAAUAAUUUAUAUAUUGUUGUUUAUUAAAGAAAUUAUAU